AUGGCUAGUUCUAAAGAAACAAUAUCUGAAUUUAAAUUUGAUUGGGACAAUAAAGAAGUCAAAAAAAUAUUUGAUGCAUUUAUGAAAUUUGGAAAUGCUUCAGCAACAGAAAUGACAGGAAAAAAUUUUGAUAAGUGGCUCAAAGAUGCUGGAGUUAUUGAUGGGAAAACAAUAACUUUAACAAUGACAGGAAUAGCUUUUUCUAAAGUAGCAGGACCAAAAAAAAAAGUUACAUUCCCAGAGGCUAAGAAAGUAAUUAUUAAUGUUGCUAAAGACCGUGCUAAUCAAGCAAAAACAGAUGUUCAAGAAGAACUUAAUAAAAUUGUUGAAAAAUUAAAAAUUGUCGAGGGACCAAAACUUGGGAAUGCUGCUAAAGCAUCAGCUGAUGGUGUUUACAGCCGUCUUACUGAUCAUACGAAAUACACAGGAGCACACAAAGAAAGAUUUACAGAAGAUGGUAAAGGAAAAGGAAAAGCUGGAAGAGAAGAUAUAAUUGAACAUGAUGGUUAUGUAAGUAGCUAUAAGAAUAAAGGAACAUAUGAUAAAGUUCAUUCUAAUGAUAAUUAA